AUGAAGCGGGCGGGCUUGACUGCCAUGAGGCAAGAUGAGCUCUUCUUCCAAAUAGACCACGCAGAUGCAACUCACAUUUUGACCACUCCACAGUACGCAAGUAAAGUCACGGCCGUGAAAGAGAAAACAAAUCUUAAGGGCUUGUUCAUAAUUGGUGACUCUAUUCCUGGCUUUGUGUCUGUGUCCGCUUUCGUUGAACAUGAUGACGAUGACUUCAAAGAGGUGCACAUUGAAGACCCUAAGGGGACCACGCUUGCUGUCUUUUACUCGUCUGGGACGACGGGUCACGCCAAAGGAAUGGAGAUAUCACAUUACAGCUUGGUGGCAAACAUGCACUUGACAAAGGUCCUGGUCAGCUACCAGCCUGAAGAUGUCCUCCUCGCCUGGUAUCCAAUAACAUAUGCGUCGGGUUUUAUGUUUAUCCCAGUAGCUGCUUGCGCAGGAGCCACAUGCGUCAUAGUAAAACCUGGACUGACAUUCGAACAAUUUGUGUAUUACGUCAACAAGUACAAGGUGACAACAUUAGCAUCAGUUCCCACACGGCUGCACUUUUACUUGGCAGACAUGUUACGGACUGGAACGAAGCUACCAUCCAUCAAGACAAUCAAUGUGGGUGGCACAGUUUUAACAGACACAUUUGCCAGGAAGAUUCUCGCUGCCUUUGAUGGCGUCCACUCGCUGCGGAACCACUAUGGCAUGUCUGAAUCCUGUGGUGUUUUGUGUUCGCCCCCAAAGGGGGAAAUUUCAUCCGGAAACGUUGGCUUUCCAGCACCCAUGGUUGAGCUCAAGUUCAUCGACCUGGAGACAGGCGAGAAAGUGGGACCCAGGCAAUACGGCGAGCUCUACUUUCGUAUCCCAAGCGUCAUGAAAGGCUACUACAAAAAUUUAGAGCUGGGUAAGGAGUUCAUGGAUGAUGAUGGAUGGUGCAGGUCAGGAGACAUCAUGUACUACGAUGAAGACGGCCGCGUGUACUUCGUGGACCGGGUGAAGGACAUGAUUAAGUGCCUAGACCAGCAGGUGUCGUCCAUGGAACUCGAAGACCUGCUGCAGAGCCAUCCCAAUGUGGCCGAUGCCGCCGUAUUAGGAGUACCAAAAACGAAGUACGGCGACGCCCCUUCUGCGUUCGUCGUUUUGCGAGAUGCGAAAUUAGCGUCACCCGAAAUGGCAGCUGAGCUCAAGGACCUCGUUGCACGCAAAACUGAAAAAUUCAAGCAUCUCUAUGGAGGCCUGCUGUUUGUGGACCGCUUGCCAAGGAACCCAAACGGCAAAGUCCUCAAGCAUCAACUAAAGCUUAUGUAUGAGAAUUCUAAGGUGUACUAAUAACCCUUUGAUAGCAUCGUCAAAUAAAUAUAAACAAGAAACGGGCGAGUUUCUUUGUGAAUUAGCCUAAGACCAAUCUUAGGCGAGAGACAUCUUCGCCUUUGUUUUCAUGGCGUCAGUGCAUUCAUUCUAUUUUACAUCCGAAAGCUUUCUUCAGCUCAGGUUCCUUUGCAUGGCUUUUGCGAUCGGGCCACUUUUGAUGAAGCGACUAUGCCAUGUGCUGUCAUAAUGUGAACUCAUAUUAACGUCAUGAGAACGUCAAAAUUAAGCAGUGCGUAAAGUUUUAUAGCGGGGACGACUUUUACUUUGUUUCCCUUGCUGACGACAAUUCCAACUAGGCUAACG